AUGGCAACGUCAAGUGGUGGUAGGGAUGAUAGAAUUAUAUGUACUCUCAGUGAACUCGAGGACCACCAGUCAAGUUCAUUUCACUGCGAAGGACACAUCGAGAAGCCCACAACUCUCGCAGUCCAAGCGCCAGGAAUUGUUGUCGGCGGAGGAGAACUCGUACUUAACAGCGACAAUAGUAGAGACCUAGCAGAAGAGAUGCUGUUUAAUACUGAUGUUUUGAAAAGAGCAGGAAUUGAACUUUACAGAUGCAAUGUGUCUUCUUCAAUACCGAGAUCACAAGAAAUAUACGGAAACUUCUCUGAAAUUCCGAAAAGUCUCAUAGAAUCUGAAGAUAUAACCCAGCAGUGUGGUGGCCAAUCAUUUGCACCACAUUUUCAGCUGCAGUACGGGGCAGAAGAAACAGGUCAGCGAGAGACAACUGAGUUUUACGACACAAACAGUGAUGCAAAUUGCCAGCAGUUUCCAGCAGUUUCGACUACAACAUACUGUGAAGAUAGAGGCAAAUGCAAACUGCCUUCAUCUUGGCGGAAAGGUUGUAUAAGCAAAUUUACCACUCCGAGGAAUAUUCGACAGCCGCGGAUGUCUCCGUCCGAAUUUGCACUACACCGUGUUUCACCAACCAUCUCCAACAAUAUCGCAGGUGCCAAUCAGCCUACGUCAACCACCAAGUCAUCCAAAGUAUCCAAAGGCAGGAAACGUGCUCGAACUGCCUACACUAGUUCACAGCUGUUUGAGAUGGAACAGGAAUUCCGACAUAACAAUUACAUCUGCCGUCCUAGUCGCAUCAGUUUAGCGUCGAUCCUAAAUUUGUCGGAGCGCCAGAUUAAGAUAUGGUUUCAGAACAGAAGGAUGAAGAAGAAGAAGACUGAAAUUGGCAGAGGAAAUAGAGGAAACUCAAAACCGAAGAGUACUCCAACUUCACGCCGAAAUAACCGCACCUCAGCUGUUUCGCCUCCAUGUGUUGUAGUCCAACCGCAGUCUGGGAUCUUAUAUCAGCAGCACAGCAAUAUAUUUAGCACCCCGGAACAGAGCAGCUUAUCAAGCCCAAAUAAUUACGAUCCAUCGCUAAAGAAUCCUACGAAAUUGCAGUAUCAUUGCAAUAUUCCUGCACCGUCUUCGUCUGGUAUAUUUGGCGGUAAUCCUUGUUCUUACAAUAUCAAUCAAGGUUUCACAACAAUGCAGCCGUCAUCCAAUCACAACAGCCACAAACAAUAUAACAAUCAACAGUUCCUCCAGCCUUACGCUUCCAAUUCUGUAUGUGAAUUCCCUCACAUCGUAUCUGCUCUGCUAGGAGAAUUCCCUGCUUCGACUGGUGCAUUUGGUAAUCCAAAGUACGUAACAGAUGAAUCUCUCGUAGGCGCAACAGCUCUUUCAAAUGCAUGCUGGAACAAGGAUGAAGCAUAUCCCUGUACAGCACAAGCACAAUAUAAUUUAUCUUCUUCGGAUUUAACGGCUAACGUCUGCUAUGAGACAAAUAAAUUUGGUCUGGAUGUAAACAUGAAUAUUCAAGCAAGUUCUUCAUGUGAGUUGCAACAGCAGAUUCACCGUCAUGUGUCAGCCUUUACAUCUGGUUCGGCUGAACCAUUGAAAGAGCAAGAGGAUUCCCAGUUUCCGGAGAUACAAGUCAUGGAGCAGUUGUGUCAGGCAGCUUUGAGAGAUGAAUAUAACCAGCACUCUGUAUCCACGGAGGAUCCUACUAUAUUUUCCGGAAUUACAGAUCAACUUUCUCUUCUCGAUUUAGAUAAUCCACUGGAUGAACUAGUCCAAAAUGUCGUUCAGAAUAACGCAGAUGUACAGUCAUGCACAAAUAUACCGUGGAACCUCUCCGAUUUAUAUAACUGUGGUGAGGCUCGGGCUGAGAAUAUAUCGACCUCGUCAACUCCACCAAGAUUCUGUCAGCUAUAAUGGAAGUACCCGCAAAGUCAGUUGUCGACAAAAGUUCAUCGCAUAGCGUAAUUCACUUGCAUCUCUAAAUUUUAUUAUUUUAAUUUUUAAACUUGCGUUUAAUU